CUGGCAGCGGUGUUUCCGCCUAUCGAAAGAAGGUUUCUUGUCGACGGUUUCGUCAUUGAAAAGCAACGUACCUCCGGUGCAAGUUAGUUGAACCGCUCACACCGCUGCAACCUUGCAGUGCCACCGUCAACGUAACGUCAUCAUGCCCUAUGUUGCCUUCCAAGGCGCCCCAUCCCCCAGCCAGAGGUGAGCCACAACUGAGCAAUGCAUGAGCCCGCGAGGAGAAUUCUCCUUAGUCCUUUCCUGUGUUGUGUCUCUUCUGCCCUUUUCCCAAUGUGUCGAUCUGUUGUGCGCAGGAGAGGGUCCCCUGAUCAACACACGGCGACGGAGGCGGACCAGCUGGCCGCGGACACAUGGUUGUGCGUUGCAAGCGGAGAAGACAUUCUGGAUGUCGUCCGGCCGGCUGUCGACGUCGCCAAUGAGGUCGACACAUGCAAUCGAUUGCCAGUGCAACAUUGCAACAGUUUGUCUCUCGCUGGUUGCAGGAGUAUUUGAGGCAGAAGCGUCGGUGGCAGAGCUUGAUGGGGCUCAUUGGUCAGCUGGUCGCUGAGAUACAGCGUCGUCACGCAUUGGCGAGAGACGCUGCAAUGCGUGCUCGUGCGCCGAGGACGCAGUGGGGUCCACGCCCCGGGCCCGCUCUCAAGCCUGACGUCAAGAUGCCGCCACCAUAUGGAUACAAGCGGGAGAAGAUAUCGCAGGAGAAGGGAUGGUUCGGCGGGCUUUGCUCAUGCACCAAUCCGAUGCAUUUGGAAGGUGAAGAUGUCGAGUUCUGGGUGCCACAGGACCCCCUGCCGCAGGUGGGGUGGGCUCACACGCCAAGUGCCUUCAUGCCAUCGAUGGAUGUGUGCAGGCUCAUUUGUGUGACUUGUCUUGGCCUGCCUGUUGUGUCUCUGUUCAGUGGGAUCGCCUGUCGGCUGCCAUCCGCUAUGCACACGGGGAGGACAGGGCCCGCUACUGGGAGCCCGAGCGCACCGGCAUCUACUCAACGUGCGUCUACCCUGCCCCGCCCCAACACUGCCGUGGUUCAAGCAUCGAUGCGGUGAUUGAGGAACGGGGACCGAUGGGCUUCAUGGAGUCGGUGUACGUCAGCAACGCUGUGGCAGCGUAUCUCGCUCACAUCCAGGGGCCGGACACCGAGGAGGGUGCAAGUGAGGGCGGCGAGUGAGGGGAACGAGACGACUGGUGGAGAGGAGAUGGUGUGAGGAUGGAGCUAACGGAUCAGGCAAGAGACUGGGGAAGGGCGACGAGCUGAUUCAUUCAUAGGCUGUCUGGGGUAAAAUGAGUGGGUUGUGAGUGUGCCUUGGUUGAUCCGCUUUUGUGAUGCUGUGCGUGUAAGCCGUCUUUCUCGUCUCUUGUCCUCAAGCAGCUGCUGGCUCUCCACUUUGUGCGUGACAUUCAUUCCCGGACAUACUUACAUGUGUCCGGUCUCUCUAAUCGUGCGUUGAACGACCUAAUUAAACCUGUUGCAACAACGCAAUGAUGUGCGGCUUUGUGAUGGACCGGCCACCCGC